AUGGCGUUCGCCAAUGACGAAGACGAACCCGCGGUCACAGAGCAAGGCCCGAAAACUGGAACCAGAAGGAAAGAAGCUGAAGAAGAGGGACACAACCAAGAACAACUCCGGGCGACGGAGGUACGGAAAGAACGGGAAGAAGAAGAACGUCGACGACAGCUGCGGGAGACGCAGGCUCAAGAGGAAGCUCAGAGAAAGCAGAGGGAGAUGGAGGUGCGUGCGAAAAAGGCACGCGAGGAAGCAGCUCGACAAAAGAGACGACAGGAGAAGAUGGCUCUGGAAGAAGAGGAGCGCCGACAGGAAGCACGUGAGGAGGAGGCUCGGCAAGAGGAGCUGCGUCGACGACAAGUUCGCGAGCAGGAAACCCGCGAGAAGGAAGCUCGCGAGGAGGAAGUGCAACGUCGAGAAGCUCGCGAAGACGAGGCUCGGCGAGAAGCACUGCGCCAACAGCAGAUCCUCGAACAAGAAGCUCGUGAAAAGCAAGCUCGUGAAGAAGAGCUGCGGCGUCAGGAAGCCCGUGAGAGGGAAGCUCGAGAAGCCGAGAGGCGUCGUCUGGAAGCCCACGAGCAAGAGCUACGCAAGCGAAAGGCAAGAGAAGAAGAGCUACAGCAAGAGCUGAUUCGUGAAAGACAGGCUCGUGAACGUGAGGCCAGGGAGAGGAGGGCCAGAGAGGAGGAGGAGCAACGAGAGCAAGAGCUCCGACAGAAACUGAACCGCGAAAAGGAGGCUCAAGAACGAGAAGCCAAACAGAAGGAAGAGCGAGAAAGAGAGGCUCUGGCAAGAGAAGUCCGCGAACGGGAGGCGAGAGAAGCAGAAGAUCGUGAACGGAAAGCACGGGAGAGAGAGGCGCGUCUGGAAGCUCGAGAGAAGGAAGCUCUGGAGCGGGAGGCUCGCUUAGAAGCUCGGGAAAAGGAGAAUCAGCUCAAAGAGGCUCGGGAGAAGGAGGCUCGAGCGAAGCAAGCCGAGGCCGAGACCACGCGUCAAAAGGACGUCAGAGAGAAGGCAAGGCUUCCUAAGUUUGUCCCUCCCACCAGGCCUAGUACACUUGGGGGCGCUGUCCGAGCCAGCCUUUCUCGUGCCAUACCUCAGGCUGCUGGUGUUAGAGCCUCUACUGCGGCGCGAGAGUCGGCGAAUAUGGAUGCCACCACAAGGAACCGGGCGGCCGAGGAGUCAACCGGCCCUUCGUCUGCCACCUUGCCUGUCUUCACUCGGGCGAACGGGGGCCCAUGGAGCAUACAAGCACACGAUCUGCUGGGAGUUGGGCGGCCCUCAUGA